GGGGGUGACGUCAUUGUUUCUUCAGGUUAUGGCGGAGCUGAACUCUUCAAAGUUUCUCUGACGUGAGUGCUAGAGGCUAUUGUAAUGGAGCAGCUUCAGGGAGCAUGGAGAUCCAUCACCAACGGUCUGGGAAUGAAGGAGUCUGUGUUUGAGAGCUCAUGCAUGUCUCCUGUGAUCCAAGGAGUGCCAUGUCAGCACCGCUCCUCAGACGACUCCAGAACCAGCCGCACCAUCCGAGUCUUCCUACCCAACCAGCAGCGGACUGUGGUGAAUGUGCGGCCAGGCCUGACGCUCCACAGCUGUCUGAUCAAAGCGCUGAAGGUUCGAGGGCUCCAGCCGGAGUGCUGCGCUGUCUUCAGUCUCCAUCCAGGACAGAGGAGCAAGAAGUCUCGUAUGGACUGGAACACAGACUCUACCUCGCUCAUUGGGGAGGAACUUCUAGUGGAGGUUUUGGACCAUGUUCCCUUAACUACACACAAUUUUGUUAGAAAAACAUUUCUGAAAUUGGCUUUCUGCGACAUAUGCCAGAAGUUCCUCUUGAAUGGUUUCCGUUGCCAAACAUGUGGCUACAAGUUCCAUGAGCACUGCAGCACAAAAGUGCCCACAAUGUGUGUCGACUGGACCAACAUCAGACAACUGCUAUUGUUUCCGACUCCUGGCGAGAGUGGGACUCCAUCUCUCCCUGCACUUACAUCUCGGAGAAUGAGGGAAUCCCUGACGAGGAUCCCUAGCAGCUCUGUGCACAGUGAUUCAAACCCUGGUGUCUUCAUUUUCUCCAGCGCUUACCCCCCGUCUGGAGCGGCUCUGACACAGAGACUGCGCUCCACCUCCACUCCCAAUGUCUGCGCCACAGUGGCUGUCGACAGCAGCCAGAUCGAGGACGCCAUGCGCAUUCACAAUUCAGCUAGCAGUUCUCCGGAUCAGAGUCCAACAGCAAAACUGUACCAGUUAUAUAUGUCCUUAUCACAGAGAUAUAAAGAGAAGUCCACACCCAUGAAAGAGCUCAACUUCAAACAGUAUUCCCAGAGUCGGCCGAGGGAUAAGAGAGACUCGAGCUAUUACUGGGAGAUUGAAGCUAACGAGGUCGUGCUGCUGAACAGGAUCGGCUCGGGCUCCUUUGGAACCGUGCACAAAGGGAAAUGGCACGGUGAUGUGGCUGUGAAGAUAUUAAAAGUGACCAAGCCGACACCGGAGCAGUUUGAAGCCUUCCGCAACGAGGUGGCGGUUCUUAGGAAAACCAGACAUGUCAACAUCCUGUUGUUCAUGGGCUACAUGACAAAAGACAAUCUUGCGAUUGUGACGCAGUGGUGUGAAGGCAGCAGUCUCUACAAACACCUCCAUGUGCAAGAGACCAACUUCCAGAUGUUUCAGCUGAUAGAUAUCGCCAGACAGACCGCUCAGGGCAUGGACUAUCUACAUGCAAAAAACAUCAUCCACCGUGACAUGAAAUCAAACAACAUCUUCUUACAUGAAGGCCUAACAGUGAAGAUCGGCGAUUUUGGGCUGGCCACAGUGAAGGCCAGAUGGAGCGGUUCUCAACAGGUGGAACAAACAUCGGGAUCUAUUUUAUGGAUGGCACCUGAGGUGAUCCGAAUGCAGGACUUCAACCCGUACAGCUUCCAAUCUGAUGUGUAUUCUUUUGGCAUUGUGCUGUUUGAAUUAAUGACUGGGGAGCUGCCCUACUCACAGAUAGCUAACCGAGAUCAGAUCAUCUACAUGGUUGGUCGAGGAUAUCUGUCUCCAGACCUCAGUAAGCUCUAUAAGAGUUGUCCUAAAGCCAUGAAGAGACUGGUGGCUGACUGUAUCAAGAAGUCCAAGGACGAGAGGCCUCUUUUCCCCCAGGUGUGUUUGCUUUCCUUUAACAGAUUAUCUAACUGAACAUACAAGACGCAAAAUCAGUGAUGUUAUAGAGUUGCUGCUUAUGAUUUCCAGCAUGCUUGGUAUAGACAACAAAGUCCAAGAUCGUUUUUUAAUUUAAAUGGCAUUUACUGCAUUGGAUUAAAUCAGAAGGUGUUGUGUUUAACCCAUUGAAUGCACAGGAAGUUUCAGUCAGUUUAAUCGUUCUUCUAAAUCACAGCACGGCUUUCAUUGAAGCUGAAGCACACUCACAAACUAGGAGUGCACCGAUACCAUAUUUUUCAGAUCCGAUCCGAUACCAAAAAAUCUGAGUAUUUGCCGAUACCGAUACCAGCACAGUUUUUUUUUUAUCUGUGU